AUGCUUCUUGACCAGGAUACAAAGAUACUGCGCAUCAGAACAUUAUCAAGAACAACAGCAGUCAAAACUAUCAGCGAAAUUAAGCAGAAAAAUGCUGGAAACACAAUGCAAGAAGAACGAUGUAACAACUGUGGAAAGCGUUGCCAAGAAGCUAGGGACACAUCUUUCAAAUGCCUACAUUGCUCAAAAAACAAAUGUAUUGCUACAGUCAGGGUUAAUUUCACAGUCGAUGUGACUGACGCCACUGGGACUCUAAGAUUCACUGCUUUUGCUGAAGACUGCGAAAAACUCAUUGGUCUCCCUACUUCAGAGAUAUAUGAGAAGAAAAUGGCGGGUGAUUGGACGGAAUUUGAAGAAAUAGCUACUAACUUGAAGGCCAUACAUUUCCAAAUUGCACCAACAACUUCUCUCACCAGAAUCCGGGUCCUCAAAUGGGCUCUCAAAGACAUUUCCUUUGACUAAACACGCAAAGGCUACGACAAAAAACAAAAACCAAUUGUGUGUCCUUAACGGCACCUUUUCUUUAGCUAUAUAUUUAAACUUAUUUAGUACUGGCAGAAAAAAAUC